AUGCCGCGGCGGCGUGCUGCUUUCCGGCAGGACGAACUCUCGCACGGAGUUAGCAAGCUGAUGGGUGAGCAAGAACCUUAUCAGGUUUUUAGCACUGUGCACCUUUACGGAGUGCUCAUUGCUGGACUGAGACAUACAUCUUUAGAGAAUUCCCCUCUCGAUGCAAGUGAGGUGCAGAAGAGCUGGGAUAUUCUGGGGGCUGGAGUUGAGGGACACAUAAAGAGAAUCCACCAACACCUCACUCUCAGCUUCCCACUCUCUACCCCCACCCCAGCUACAGGAGUUUUUGCUCCUUGGUUUAUGUCCCAGGUGGACUUUUGCAGUAAACCAGUAAUAAUCUUCUGCCGAGUCUCAACUUUUCCUGCAAUCGUGGACCAUUCCCACCAUACGGGCACAAGCCAUAUGGCCGACAACAGUACAACGGCGCCUCCUCACCACCACCACCACCCGACUACUUCGGCCCACCACUCUCAUGGCGGGGGAAUGGACGGUAUGAUGAUGUCUAUGACCUUCUACUUUGGCUUUAAGAAUGUGGAACUGUUAUUUUCUGGUUUGGUGAUCAAUACAGCUGGAGAAAUGGCGGGAGCUUUCGUGGCAGUGUUUUUACUAGCAAUGUUCUAUGAAGGACUCAAGAUAGCCCGAGAGAGCCUACUGCGUAAGUCACAAGUCAGCAUCCGCUACAAUUCCAUGCCUGUCCCAGGACCAAAUGGAACCAUCCUUAUGGAGACACACAAAACUGUUGGGCAACAGAUGCUGAGCUUUCCCCACCUCCUGCAGACAGUGCUGCAUAUCAUCCAAGUGGUCAUCAGCUACUUCCUCAUGCUCAUCUUCAUGACCUACAACGGGUACCUCUGCAUUGCAGUAGCAGCGGGGGCUGGCACAGGAUACUUUCUCUUCAGCUGGAAGAAGGCAGUGGUGGUGGACAUCACAGAGCAUUGCCAUUAG